UACGUGCUUCUAAGAUGACAAUGAGCCAACCGAAGAUUAUUGAGUUUGAGGAGGGAUGGGAGUUUAUGCAGAAGGGAAUCACAAAAUUGAAGAAAAUUUUAGAAGGACAACAACUUUCUUUCAGCUCUGAAGAGUACAUGAUGCUCUACCAAACUAUAUACAGCAUGUGUACACAGACGCCCCCAAAUGAUUACUCACAGCAGUUGUAUGACAAGUACAGGGAAGAAUUUGAAGAAUACAUCAAUUCUACUGUUCUGCCUGCUUUAAGAGAGAAGAAUGAUGAGUUUAUGUUGAGGGAGUUUGUGAAACGAUGGGAGAAUCAUAAAGUUAUGGUCAGGUGGCUGUCACGGUUCUUCCAUUAUCUCGACCGAUCUUUUAUUGCCCGAAGGUCGCUACCUGCACUUAACGAAGUUGGUCUGACAUGCUUUCGUGAUCUGAUUUAUCAGGAGCUGAACGGUAAAGCCAGAAAUGCAGUUAUUGUGUUGAUUGAUCAAGAACGUGAGGGUGAGCAGAUUGACAGAGCUUUAUUGAAGAAUGUGCUUGAUAUAUUUGUUGGAAUUGGAAUGGGAGUAAUGGAGGAUUAUGAGAAUGACUUCGAAGAUGCAAUGCUUAAAGAUACUGCAGCUUAUUAUUCUCGGAAAGCUUCAAGUUGGAUCGUGGAAGAUUCUUGUCCAGAUUAUAUGUUGAAGGCCGAGGAGUGCUUGAAGAAAGAAAAGGAUAGAGUGUCUCAUUAUCUCCAUGUCACUAGUGAGACAAAACUUCUAGAGAAAGUGCAAAAUGAAUUAUUGGCCUUUCAAUGUAUGUUUGUUGUUUACAUGCUAUUUGAUGUUGUUCUCUUGCUCUUACUGCCCCACUCUCUUUUGUACACUCAGGUAGAGGAUUUAUCUCGAACGUAUAGGCUAUUCCACAGAAUUCCUAAGGGAUUGGAACCUGUUUCAAAUAUGUUUAAACAGCAUGUGAUUUCUGAAGGCAUGAUCUUGGUGCAACACGCUGAAGAUUCGACAAGUAACAAGGCCGAAAGUUCUGGCUCAGGAGAGGAACAGGUCUUUGUUAGAAAGUUGAUUGAGCUUCACGAUAAGUCCCAGGCUUAUGUUACAGACUGUUUUGCUAAUAACCCUCUCUUUCAUAAGGCUCUCAAGGAGGUAUUUGAGGUCUUUUGUAACAAGAUUGAGUCUGGUUGUUCAAGUGCAGAGCUCCUCGCCUCUUAUUGUGAUAAUAUUCUUAAGAAAAGAGGGAGUGAAAAACUCAGUGAUGAUGCUAUUGAGGAGAAUGUUGGAUAA